GUUAAGAUCGAUGAGAUCGACGAACAGUGGUCUGGUUCUCUGCACGUUGGGCUGACUACCCUUCAGCCUUUGGAUGUCUCCUGUUCCUCCUCAGGGCUUCCAUCUUCACUGCUGGAGCUGAGGUCAAAGGUCAGCUGGCUGGUCAGUGGCUCCGAGGUCAGGCGCAAUGGAAUGCUACAGAAGCAGAACUACGGUUUCUCGAUGGAACGGCUGACGGUUGGCAAUCGAGUUGGAGUAAAGCGUGCCAGUGAUGACACCAUGCAUAUCUUCAUUGAUGGAGAGGACAUGGGUGUGGCAGCAGCAGGCAUUGCUAAGAAUGUUUUUGCAGUGGUAGACUUGUACGGUAAAGUUGUGUCGGUGUCCAUUGUGAGUUCCAGCGUGCUGGAGGAAGCAGAGAGUACGAAACCACCCUCCAUGUCAUCGGACAGUGGCAGUGAGGAGGAAGAAGAGCUGAGCCCUUGUGAAAAUGAAACAUCGGUCUUCAUGGCCACCGUCGAGUUCAUGGAGAAUCAUGGCAGAAACAUCUUGUUGUCCAACAGUGGCCACACUGCCACCCGAGUGGCCAGCUACAACCAAGGCGUGGUGGCAUCUGCUCAGCCAUUACCCCGGCAACUGCUGUUUCAGAUACAGAUUGAUCGUUUAAACCCACAGUGGACAUCUUCACUCUCACUGGGUGUGAUUGGAAACUCCCCUGAGCGGUUUAAUUUCCCAGGCACUGCUUCGUCGAUCAAACGCUCUGCAUGGCUGAUCCAGCGAGAUUCUGUUUUUCACAAUUCAUUAAAGAUUUGUGACAAUUAUGGUCCCAACUUGGAUACAUGCCCAGAGGGAACCAUUCUUGGACUCCUGGUAGACAAUGCACACAGUCUUCACCUGUUUGUUAAUGGAAUGGACCAAGGUGUGGCUGCCCAAGACAUUCCCAAUCCGUGUUUUGUUGUGAUUGACCUGUAUGGCCAGUGCGAGCAGGUUACCAUAGUGACCAAUGACGUCAUGGCUAUAGGAGGUGAUAGUGGCCAUUUACGCUGCCAAGGCGAUGUGGAAAAAGCUGAUGUCGUCGAUG